UAUCAAAAAUACCCUCCAUUUGGCGAGAGGCGAGCGGAUCUCCCGGCGGAUCCCUCCGGACAAUCUCCAUUACUCCCGGCGAGAUCCCGACGUGUUCGUUCUCUCUUCAGUAGAUCUUCCAAACUAUGGCUCCGGUGUCGGCUCUUGCCAAGUACAAGCUCGUGUUCUUGGGAGAUCAGUCCGUCGGAAAGACCAGUAUCAUCACUCGCUUUAUGUACGACAAAUUCGACAACACGUACCAGGCCACAAUCGGUAUUGAUUUUCUAUCCAAGACAAUGUAUCUUGAAGAUCGAACUGUCAGAUUACAGCUCUGGGAUACGGCUGGGCAGGAGAGGUUCAGGAGUCUUAUUCCAAGCUAUAUCAGGGACUCGUCUGUUGCUGUCAUUGUGUACGAUGUUGCAAGUAGGCAGUCCUUCCUAAACACUUCUAAGUGGAUCGAGGAAGUUAGGACUGAACGUGGCAGUGAUGUCAUAGUUGUGCUUGUGGGAAACAAAACAGACCUUGUCGAAAAAAGGCAAGUGUCCAUAGAGGAAGGAGAAGCCAAGGCUCGUGAGCUUAAUGUAAUGUUUAUUGAAACCAGUGCGAAAGCAGGCUUCAACAUAAAGGCGCUAUUUCGCAAGAUAGCUGCAGCUUUGCCCGGGAUGGAGACAUUGUCAUCGACAAAGCAAGAAGAGAUGGUCGAUGUCAAUCUCAAGUCUUCGAACGCAAACGCAUCUCAGGCCCAGCAGCAAUCCGGAGGAUGUUCUUGUUAAUGUCACAGACAGAUCAAUAGAAGUGAAAAUGAAAAGAAAUGGGCAUACGCCCAUCUGUAAAAUUUUUGUCUGCUUUCUCAGUUUCCAACUAUACGCGGCGCUUUGGCUUUUGUCCAUUCGUUUCGAGAAAGAAUUUGGUAUUGUUAAUCUGGAUUUUGUCCUAACUUUAUCUUGGACUGUUGUCUAGUAUUCGUGUUCUGGAUUUACACUCGAAACGUGUGUGUCUUUGUUUAGUGUA